UUUGUGCUUAUUGGUGUGUGGUUUGGCUUCGCAGUGCUUAGGGGAAUCGCCAAAGUUGUCGGCCGAAGUCCAGACCGGCCAUACCACCGGAGUUUCUUCUUUAGCUGUUAUUUGGUCGGCAAGUGGAACAACUAGCAAAAGAGACUUACCAGAAGGAUCUAACAACAUGGCACGCCGGAUGAUUGAUCUAGAAGCUCUCGCCUUUGGGACCGACCCUGUUCCCAAUGAGACUCUUGCUGCCACUCGGUCAGCCGAGCGGAGUGUAGUUAUUGCUGAGCAGACUGGUCAAGGUCAUGGGCGAGUCCCCAUUCCUCUUCUUUCUUCCACUGAAAAGGUUUCAAAGUGGAAGAGGUCCAACAAGGGCAAGGAUGUUGUUGGGAGCUCGGCAGGGCAAGACUCUGUGGGAGAGUGGGUGCCCCCUUUCGAGCACAACGGCUGACCGAUCACAACUUUGGACAGUGUGAUGGAGUCAUGCGAUCUGGCCUUUGAUUUGUCGAAGGCACUGCUGCUUCCUUUGGACAUGGCUGAGCACAAUGUCUCGACCAGUGAUCUCAUGAAGGAGGUCACGCAGCUGUUAAUGGUGUGCAUCCAACAGUUGCAUGUCAUGGACGCACGUCGGCAAACGCAAGAGGAAGAGUACAAUCAGAUGACCAAUCUGAUGGCUGAGACCGAACUGGUAUUGAAGUCGGUGGAGGCGAAGCUAAAACAGGCGAAGUUGAAGGCAAAGGAGGCAAAAGUUGCAGUGGCUGAGAAGGAGAAGUACGCGAAGGAGGCCAAGGCGAAAAAAAGAAUGGCUGAGAGGAGGGCCGCUGAUGCUGAGGCUGCUCUGAAAGAGAAUGAAGGCCGAGCAGGCCAAACUGAUAGAGAAAAGCACCCAGAAAGGUUGGGAUGAAGCUGGGGAGGCUUAUGCUAGCAAAGUGCUAGAGCUGAGGGAUAAACUGUACUCCAAGGGUUGGGUGGAUGCCCUUCGCGCUAUUGGGACCAACGAAGCUUUCCCUCUCUUUAAGGACAUCCCAGUUCCAUCCAAGGUUGCUGCGGCGAAGCCUAGGGGGCAGUCUCAGGAGGCUGAGUCUUUGGAGGUUACCCAUCAAGUCUCUCCCCUUUGUCUGCCAAUCCCCAUUGUGAGGCUGAUGUGAUUGGAGAGGAGCAGCCUCAUAAGGAGACUUAGUCUGUUUCGUUCUGCUUUUGUUUUGGAUCUCGGUCGGCUGGACUUUGAUGUAAGGCCAAGCUCCCUUCCUUUGUAAUGAAGUUUCACAUCAAUAGAAUGUUUUUUGAACUAUGCCAAGUUUUGGACUUCUCUUCAAUUUUUUUUUGGUUUCUGUGAUAUUUUCCCCCGGUCGAGCAACAAGGAUGCAGCCUUGCAUUGUUGGCUAUUCGGCCAGACUUGGCCUUGUGCCUUGUAGAAAUUGAAACUUGCCCCCAGGUUUGCGUCUCAGUCGCCUUCUGGGCUUUUGCCUUGGAAGAGUGUCAGAUUGUUUGUUCGGUGGAGCAGCGGUGCAACGCUGCAUUGU